AUGCCUCGUUGCAGUGCCCGCUUGUUCAAGGGAAUGUCGCAGGCAAUUAGAUACUAUGAUAUUGGUGUCAAUCUGACAGACCCUAUGUACCAGGGAAUCUACAAUGGCAAGAAAUAUCAUGAGUGUGAUAUUCAGUCUGUUCUGCAUCGAGCCAAGCUGGCAAGAGUCGAAAACAUGCUUCUUACGGGAUCCUCCAUUCAAGAAUCUCGUCAGGCGAUAGAAAUUGCUGGUCGAUAUCACAGUGAAGACACGCAUCUAUAUUAUACCCUUGGGGUGCAUCCAUGUUGUGUAAACGAGUUUGUGCUGAAAGAUUCCCAGUCCACCAUCGACGCUCCGACGAAUGACGAAAAGUUCAAUGCAAGUCUGGAGGUGACAGACGUAGCAUUUACCAAGCGCAAGCUUGAAGAGCUGUACAGACUUAUGGAGGGCCAAGCUUGUGACCCUCAAUUUCGCGCUGUGGGGGAGAUUGGAUUGGACUACGACCGGCUCUACUACUCCUCCAAAAAAAUGCAACUGCUGUUUUUUGAGGAGCAGUUAAAGAUCAGCUGUCUUUUCCCAGAAAAGCCUUUGUUUCUACACAUGCGGAACUGCUGCUCUGAUUUCGAAGCAGUGCUCAAGAAAUUUAUAGAUGGGUUUACCGAUAGCACUGACCGUUUCGAUCACAAAAGGCUGAUACGCGCAAGUCAGAGCACUCCGUACAUGCCACGAAUCGAGAGCUCUGGUGGAGUAUGGUACAAGUUCUCGGAAGGCCGUAAAUUUGUCACUCACUCUUUUACUGGUUCCACUGAAGAAAUGCAUCGGGUUUUGGCUCUUUCUGACAACUCCUUUAUUGGCAUGAACGGUUGCUCCUUCAAGACCCAAGAAAAUAUUGACUGUGUCAGAGAGAUCCCGUUAGAUAGACUACUUUUGGAAACCGAUGCGCCCUGGUGCGAUAUCCGCAGAACUCAUGACUCUUACAAAUUCCUUUAUGACGAUGUAUCGUCAUGUCAUACUGCAAAAGAUGAUCCGUGGGAUAAUGGUCUCUCAAAAGCAUACCCAGAUAUUCAAAAGUGGUUUAGAGGUGUAAAGCGCGAUAAAGUUGAUAAAAAUCCAGCAGGUGAGCGCGACGGCAUAGUUGUUAAAUCGAGAAACGAGCCCUGCUUUAUGGGGCAUGUGGCAAUGGUCGUGGCUAAAGUCAAAGCUCUUCCUGCUGAAGAGGUCAUAUCUCAAGUUUGGCGAACCAGCUGUGAAAUUUAUGGUGACUGA